GGCCGAAGGAGGAGCAACAACCGCGGCAGCAACUGGCCGCUCGCACAUGCAGCAGCUCCGGCGCCGCCUCCCCGCCAGGUCCUUCAGCGGGGACCUGCUGCUGGCGCCCGCUCUCCGCUCCCUUUCGCAGCCCGCUAAUUUCCCCGUUUAGCGAGUGCUGCCGGCGGGUGAACCCGUUCCGCCCUGGGGAGCCAGCCGUCCAGGGUCUGUGCCCCACCCGCCUGCAGCCGCUCUCUUACUCCCCACCUCUCCGGAACCCUCCCGAGCGCUCCGGGUUGCGUCCUGGGGUUGGAUCGGCGGUGCAAGUACUCCUCGAGCCGAGCCCCUUUCGGAGGAUAGUUCUGCGGUGACCACAGUCUUGCUCUUCGCCUGCCCUUUCCUUGAAACGGAGGUGUGCGAAAAGUGAAGCCUUCCCGACAAAGCUGAGAAUUCUUCAUGUCCAGCAGAUCUGGGAGGCAAGAGGCUGGAGAAACCUGCAAUAAUGCAAGCACUGGUAUUUGCUGUUUUUGCAUCUGAAUACCUGAAGCAUUUCUGAUUAAGGGAGAUGUGAUUGGUGCCCAGGAUCAAUAUGCAAGACACUAUUCUAACAGCAAUUUUGAUGGUCACAAGUCUGGAGAUAAUAUGUUUAGGAGGCAUGGCAACGGAAGAUUCCCAGUGUCAAAGGUUUGAGCAUCCUAUUGUUACAAGUGAAGAACUUGCUCCUUGGUUACAUGUGUUCAGAUUGGAAAAUGCUGUUGACUUUUCUCAAAUAACAUUUGAUCCAAGACAAAAAGAACUGAUUGUUGGUGCAAGAAAUUACUUGUUCAGGCUGCAUAGUGAGGAUCUUUCUCUAAUCCAGGGUGUGGAAUGGCGUUGUGAUGAGACUACUAAAAAAGCUUGUUAUAGUAAAGGCAAAACAACGGAAGAGUGCCAGAAUUAUAUUCGUGUUCUCCUGAUUGGUGGAGAUAGAUUAUUUGCAUGUGGAACUAAUGCAUUUACACCCAUUUGCACUAAUCGGACGCUAAGUAACCUGGAAGAGACACAUGAUCAGAUCAGUGGCAUGGCACGCUGUCCUUAUAGCCCUCAGCACAAUUCUACAGCUCUCCUUGCAAGCACCGGUGAGUUAUAUGCAGCAACUGUCAUGGACUUUCCAGGGAGAGAUCCGGCAAUUUAUCGCAGCUUGGGUAUUCUCCCUCCACUUCGGACUGCACAGUACAACUCUAAGUGGCUGAAUGAACCAAAUUUUGUGUCUUCAUAUGACAUCGGAAACUUCAUCUACUUUUUCUUCCGAGAGAAUGCAGUGGAACAUGACUGUGGGAAAAUAGUUUUUUCUCGGGCUGCUCGAGUUUGUAAGAAUGACAUUGGUGGCAGAUUUUUGCUGGAAGAUACUUGGACCACCUUCAUGAAAGCGCGUUUGAAUUGCUCCCACCCUGGAGAAAUUCCUUUUUACUACAAUGAAUUACAGAGUACGUUCUUCCUGCCAGAACUGGAAUUAAUCUACGGGAUCUUUACCACUAAUGUGAACAGUGUAGCCGUUUCAGCUGUUUGUGUGUUUAACAUGACUGCAAUAACUCAUGUCUUUAGUGGGUCAUUCAAAUACCAAGAAAACUCUCGUUCUGCCUGGCUUCCUUAUCCCAACCCUAAUCCUAAUUUUCAGUGUGGCACCAUGGAUCAAGGCCUGUAUUUGAAUCUGACAGAGAGGAAUCUCCAAGAUGCCCAAAAAUUUAUUUUGAUGCAUGAAGUGAUCCAGCCUAUCACACCAGUUCCUUACUUCAUGGAGGACAAUAGCCGCUUUUCCCAUGUGGUUGUGGAUGUGGUACAAGGAAAAGAAAUGCUUUUUCAUAUAAUUUAUUUGGCCACAGAUCAUGGGACAAUUAAGAAAAUCCUUGCUCCAGUUAAUCAGACAGCCAGCAGUUGUUUGCUAGAGGAGAUUCACAUCUUCCCAAAGAAGCAAUGGGAGCCCAUCAAGAGCCUUCAGAUUUUACACAGUCAGAGCGCUCUCUAUGUGGGUCUUCAGAGAAGUGUGGUGAAGAUCCCACUGAAGAGAUGCCAGUUUUAUAAAACAUACAGCACAUGUGUUGGAUCCCAGGAUCCUUAUUGUGGCUGGGACUUAGUGCUAAGAAAAUGCACACCAUUGGAAGAAAGCUUGAGCAUGAGUCAAUGGGAGCAGAGCAUCUCUCUCUGUCCAAAGAGGAAUUUGACUGUGGAUGGCCAUUUUGGAUCCUGGUCAGAAUGGAAGCCUUGUACACACAUAGAUGGAUCAAGUGUAGGCAUUUGCCUCUGUAGAACACGCCUAUGUGACAAUCCAGUUCCAAAAUGUGGGGGUCGCCAGUGUGAAGGGUCAAGUAUUGAGAUUGUUAACUGCUCUAGAAAUGGUGGGUGGACUCCAUGGUCAGCCUGGUCUCCUUGUAGCACCACUUGUGGAAUAGGCUUUCAAGUACGUCAACGUUCCUGCAAUAACCCAAGCCCUCGCUACGGAGGUCGUGUAUGUGUUGGGCAGAACCGUGAAGAGAGGUAUUGCAAUGAGCAUUUGUUGUGUUCUCCUCAUGUGUUCUGGACUGGCUGGGGUGUCUGGGAACGUUGCACAGCCCAGUGUGGAGGAGGCAUUCAGGCUCGCCACCGAACUUGUGAAAAUGGCCCAGAUUGUCCGGGUUGCAGUGUUGAGUAUCAGACUUGCAAUACCAAACCUUGUCCAGAACUGAAGAAGACAACUCCUUGGACUCCAUGGGCACCAGUGAAUAUCUCUGACAAUGGUGGGCACUAUGAACAACGAUUUCGAUACACUUGUAAGGCACGCCUUCCUGAUGCAAGUUUGCUAGAUGUGGGGAGGCAACGGAUUGAAAUGCGCUAUUGCUCAAAGGAUGGUGCCACUGGAUGCGCAACUGAUGGUGACCUUUUGCAUUCUGGGCAUCGUUCCACUCACACUAUCAAUGGUGCUUGGUCCCCUUGGUCUCCAUGGUCUCAGUGUAGUCGUGACUGCAACAGAGGUAUUCGGAACCGUAAACGAAUUUGCAAUAAUCCUGAGCCAAAAUAUGGGGGAUUGCCUUGUCUGGGACCCCCCCUGGAAUACCAAGAAUGCAAUAUCCUUCCAUGCCCAGUUGACGGAAGCUGGUCCUGUUGGUCAUCGUGGUCCAAGUGCUCCGCUACUUGUGGAAGUGGCCAUUAUAUGAGGACUCGCUCCUGUACAAACCCAGCACCGGCUUAUGGAGGCGACAUCUGCUUAGGGCUCCACACCGAAGAAGCACUUUGCAAUACAAAAAAAUGCCCAGAUAGUUGGUCAGACUGGUCAGAUUGGUCAAGCUGCGAUGUAUCUGGUGUCCAGGUCCGUACUCGCCAGUGUGAUGUUUUAUUUCCUGUGGGUCAGCAGUGCUCUGGGAAUACGACUGAAAGUCAGCCGUGUGAUUCUGAUUCCAAUUUCAUACCAGAUGUAACUGUUGCAAGAACCAGCAGUAUGAAAGAAAAAAGAUGUGGUGAAUUUAAUCUGUUCCACAUGACUGCUGUGGGGUUGAGUAGCUCAAUUCUUGGGUGCCUUCUGACUCUUCUGGUCUACACUUAUUGCCAGCGAUAUCAACAGCAGUCUCAUGAUGCCACCGUCAUUCAUCCAGUAUCCCCAGCACCUCUGAACACCAACAUCACCAAUCACCUCAACAAACUCGACAAGUAUGAUUCUGUAGAUGCCAUUAAGGCAUUUAAUAAAAAUAAUCUCAUCCUAGAAGAACAAAACAAGUACUUCAAUCCACAUCUCACUGCAAAAGCGUAUUCCAAUGCCUAUUUUACAGAUUUGAAUCACUACGAUGAAUAUUAAAAAGGCAUCUGCUAAUUUCAUAUGGGUCUCCAAGAUGUGAACCCUCUGUGUGAAUAUCGAAUUGUUAAUACCAUGUUGUUGCCAGCUUUAACACAACAAAAAAGCACUCAGUUGUGUUGGUACAAUCUUGCAGUAAAGAAACAACUUUGGUAAUGCAAUAUUUGUAUUGUGUUGUACAUUGGAAUUAUACAGGCAAGAAAUGAAAUGUCUGGGGGAGGAUACUUUGAGGCUUGCUACCAUCUUACUAAUUCAUCUCUUCAGUUUCUCAGUUAUAUAUUGGAAGGGCCAUAGCCUGCCUUCUGGAUGCAGCAUUCUCAUUUGCCUAAGAGACGAUUCUUCCAUGAAUGGGAAGCCAAAACCAAGAAAAUAACAGAUUAUUGAAUGAAAUUACUCUUAGCAGCAGAGGCCUUAAGAACUUCAUUCUCCAUGCCAGACUAGGAUGUUGAUGCAGUGUGUCCUAAAGAAGCUGGUAGCCAUCAUGGUGCAAGCUAAGUUGCGGCAUGUGCCACAGAGGAGCAGAAGAACAACAUAGCAAAAUCUAGAAAUAGGCAGGCACUGUUUGUUUCAAUCGGUCAGGAUGGGACGAUUCAUAAAAAAUAAAUAAGGGCUCACUGAAUUCUGCAUGAUAUUGGCAUAGAUAGAAUUCUGUACCAAACAAGGUACUUGCAUCUUGGGCACCAGUUUUCAGCCUGUAUGUAAGGAUCCAUCUGGAAUGUUCAUUAUGAAAUUGACAAACUGUGUUUUAUAUUUUUGUUGCAUUUAUAAACUGAAAGAAAAAGGGCAAAAAAACCCUGCAAAAGUGAAACCAAAACAGCAACAAAAAACCUUACUCUAAGACAUAUCAAACUUCAAACAACCACAUUUCUUAAAUUCAGCCCUAAACAUUCUAUAUGGAAUAAUAUUGUUCAAUCUUUCUAUUACAACUCUAAAGAAACAGGCUAGCUCUCUAUCUUUCAAAAGAGUAAAUUGUUUUGCAAAACUCUGUCUUCUUCUCUGCCAUUCAAUUGUUUAUUCCCUUGAAUAUUUUAGGCCAUUAUAAUUUCAUUUGAAAAUUACAUUCUUGUAUUUUUUACACUAAUAAUUUCCCCAAAAACUUUCCGUGUACCCCUUGUUUUUUUUAAUGUUUCCCUAGGAGAGCAUAUCCCCCACUUUCUAAAUUCUGCUGUAUUGUAUUUACGUUUAUUGUUUAUUCACCAAAUUAAAUUUCCACCUCCAACUUUCAGAACUAAAUUUAGUUGAAAGGGUAUCAUCAUGAGCCAGCAAAAGGCCCCAAAUUUUAUUGAAAUCCCCAGCCUUAAUUAUCCGCCACUAAAAUAAAAAUAAAAACUUCGUAAAAUGUUUAGAUGGUACUUAUUGAGUUAAUGAAUAUAAAUUAUUAUAUAAAGAAAACAUAAUGUGGUUGUUAAAACUUUUAAAUGCCACUAUUGAAAAGGAUCUAGAUCACCACAAAUUUUGAAGUUUUGCUGAUUUAAAUAAUUCUGCCUUGGUAGAUUUUGAAUUUCCAAUAAUAAAUACUUGAUCAAGACAUCUUUUGAAUAAAAUAUAUCUCUUGUAUAGAAGAAUAUAGAAUGGUGGAGGGGCCGUUGUUUAAUAUUUUUUUCCAUUUGGCAAGUAAUUGUUUUUUAAACGUCCAUCUAAGAUAUAUAUUUUUUUACAUUCCAUGAUAAAGACAACAUACUUUUAAAAAAACAUGGAACCAAGGAACCACAUAACCAAGGAAUUUAAAAAAGAGAGACAUCCUAUUUAGGAACUAAAAACUCCAUGAUAAUGGAGUUAUCAUGAUUAAAAAAAUGGGACGGAAAAUUUUUAAAAACUAAAAAGAAAUAGUUAUAAUCCCAGUGAAUGAGAUGUGUUGAAAAUAUAUACAAGAACAACCCUCAUCACAAGCCAAAUGGCCCUCCAAUCUCUAAAAGAAAUGAAAAUAAAAAGUUAAACUAUAAAAACAGCUGCCAUGAAUAAGCAAUGAAUAUCCAUUUAGCUACUAUAUCAAAAACAGGUAAACACCCUUCAGAGUAUAUUCCUACAAACAAAAAUAAAAUUGUAAAAAAGAAUAACUUGUUUAAUUCCUUGAACUUGCUGAAUGAUUUCAUUUAUGGAAGCUAAUCCGGAAAAGUAAUGAUCAUCUUUGCAUUUCAAUUUGAAGACUCCAUUUGCCGAGAUUAAAUCCAGGAUAAGAUCCCAUCUUUACUGUAAAUCCUAAGAGACACAUGACAACAAGAGUGGCUUUCUUUGCUGAGCACAAAUGGAAACCUACACAGUUUCAAUUCCCAGCUUG